CAAUAGCUGAGAGGGCUAAAGCAGCUCACAUGCUGUAUCUCACCAGACUGGAAUAGACCGCUGCGUGCGCACUGCCCAUUCUGCUGACAUGGUCUGCCUUCUCGUCUCCUACCUGACGUUUCUGCAUGAGAAAAAGCUUCCUGUACGCAAGGUCUCAGCUGUCUGGUGUUGUGGAUGGUCUGUCUACCUCUAACCCAAACCAAAAGGGAUUCUGUUGGCUCAGAGCCUGUGAAUGAGCCUGAAGCAAGCCGAGUAAACGUUCACACACAGAGUUGAUAAAAUGGGGACUGUGAUCCUAGUGCUACUUUCUGGAAGAUGGCAGCUCCUUCUGUGGCCAUGCCGGAUGUGAAAGCAUCACAAUGUGAGUACUCCCCAGCGGGCUCUCCUGCAGGCUGCAGCAUGGACUUGUCUAUGGACCUGUCCAUCCUCAGCCCCCCGCUGUCUGCUUUCACUCAUAAUGGCAUGCCUCCCUUCCCUGCCCCGGACAUUGCGCCAGGCCACUGCAACAACAACAAUGGCCUGCUCAGCAACCUGGGGCUCUACUGCUCCACCAGCAGUAUGCAUCCUCUCAAACAGCCUGAUGGUCAGUCUGGCUAUGGGACAUUGCGCAUUCCACAAGGCUGCGUAAACACCGGCAGUACCCGACUUUACCGGAGCCUGGAAAACCUGCACUGGGCUGCUGUGUCCGACCCGAAUGUGUAUCCUUACAGGAGUGUGGACAGUGAUUUUAUUCUUCAUUGCACUUCAAGCAGCCACUGGUACGAUGGACCUCCUCAGGGACCACAGGUAUAUGGCUUAAUGCCAUCCCUCGAUGGAAUGGCGAUCUACGGCCGCCGAGGAGUGGUCAGAAAGGAUAUACCGCUCUUCCCACAAUGGCUUUUACCUGCGGUUGAGGACUGGGGCAUGAAUGGAAAUGCCCGAAAGGGUCUUCGAGACAAGCUGCGGCUCCAGAGCACACGUGUGACGGAGCCCCACAAGCCCUUGCGUCCUCAACCUGUGCUUGGUAAUGCACCUUCUCCGCAGUAUCCUUGCAAUCAGGAUUUAGCAGUUCGGCUUGGGCCGGCAUUGUUGCAAACGAAUGGACAGCAAGAGUUGAGUGCCCGUCGCAUCACAAGUCCUGAGGAGAUCAAACAGGAAGCAAUGCGACGACUGCAGCUCCGAAGGCAAAGAAGCACCCCUAAUCUGGCUCUGAACUCCAGACAGGAGUCUAGUACCAUGAUUAAAGCUCAUACCACAGAUCCCAUCUGCACUAACUCUGCCCAGUCAACCCCCGAGAGGAAAAGACCCCCGGUGGGCCGCCUGCACAUACCUACAUUUGAGGAGUUUAAGAGAAUGAGGCAAAGGGAGGGCAGUAAGAACCACAGGUCUUCUGAAAUGGUGAGUAGCGACAAGCAUAGAGAGGAAAGACAACAGACAGAGGAAAUGCAGAGUGAGGAAAGGACUGACACUGACGUCAACACCGCUCAAGGUUCGAACCAUCCUUGCGGAGAGAGGGGAGGAGAGAUCUCUGAGCCCAGUUCCACCACAGAUGUCCCGGGAGGACCCAUCUGCACAGGCCCAGUAGCUCGCUCUCCAUUACACCCUCAAGCUGCUACAAGAAGAGAGGAGGAGACAAAGGGCCCAGCAGGCCCUGGGGCCACAGAUGUAAAUGUUCUCCCAUUCCCGCCCCACCGGGAGUGUGGCGAUGGCCCAUCCAGAUGCUGCCCCGCAAUCCUUCUGGACGGCCAAGACCUUUCCAGCUAUGGAGCCAAAAUCUACAAAAUAAAGGAUGGCUUCCUGGGAUCCGCCCUGGAUCUUAUUAAAAAAAGCUGCAGUGCAGAGAUUGCAGCCGAGUCUCCCGUCCGAUUGUCGCGUGAGCAGAAUGACGUCACUGACACCACCGCUCCCCAUCCCAGCCAUCAAUCUGCCCUCGUUGCCAUGACAACGUCGGCCUGCGGAGAGGAGGCUUGCACCGAGCCCACGGGACAACAGGGGAAAGCGGCGUCAGAAUGCGUUUCUGGGGCGGGCUGCAGACGCUCCAGCUCAGAUGCGGCCUAUGAGCUGUCUGAGUCAGUGAGGGCCCAGCGUGAGUGCCGCCUGCGGCCCCACUACAGCGACCCCAUGCCUGCAGACGCUACCAAGCGUAAGCAGCUGGAGAUGAAGAUCGCCGCCGCGGCACGUUUGCACAUUCAUCGCAGAGAGAGGGACAGUGUGCCAGGCACAGCCAGGGGCCGCUCCGAGCCCAGAGGUGAGGAGAGGAGCAGGGGCCUGGGUGUGAGCCGCACAGCACAACACCGCUGGAGCACCAUCAGCAGCCUGAGCGCAGACAGCGGUGUCGUAGGGUUGAGUGAUGAGCGCGAAGACGAGGAAGAGCCCCGUCGUGCCCGCCACAGUGCCGGAGCUGAGGUAGAACGCGUGGACAGCGGCAUCGGCCCUGGAUUGGCUCGGGGCUGGAGGAGACCCACGCCGUCCCUCAGGACCUGGGAGGUGCAGCAGCCCUGUCCCGAUUGCGGACACAAAGAGGGUGCCCACGGGGAGGGCAUGUGCGAACGCUGCUCCAAGCUGCGCACCGAGCGCAAAGAAGCCAUCCUGGAGUUUCUCAACACUGAGUCGAGUUAUGGAGAGGACCUGCGCAUCAUCAAGGAAGAGUUUUACUGCCCCAUGCAGAGUGCAGGACUGCUCACAGUAGAGCAGCUGGCCGUGGUCUUUAGCAAUGUUCAAGAGCUCAUUGAUGUCAAUGACAGGUUUACAGAGCAUCUGCAGGACAGCAUUGAUCAGGCGUUUGAUCAGGGCGAUGAGGACCUGCAGACUGUGUGCAUUGGAGAAAUCUUCUUGGAGUUUGUCAACAUGCUUCCAGCAUUUCAAACCUACUGCCUGCAGCAGUCCACAUCUGUCAACAUGCUCAACACUCUGGAGAAAGAAAAAGAGCUUCUUAGGAUAUUCCUUGACGUGUCCCAGAACGACAACACUGCGCUCAGGCGCAUGAACCUGCGCUCCUUCCUCAUGGCGCCGCUUCAGCGUGUGACCAAGUACCCGUUGCUCCUGAGUCGCAUCAGCAAGGCCACUAACGAGUGUCAUCCAGACUAUUCCCGCUUAAAAGAAGCCAAGAGCCGCGUGGAGUCCCAUCUAGAGCACAUCAACAUGAAGACUAAACAGGAGGGGACCGCCACGUGGUCUUUGCGUUCCUUCCGGCGUGACAGCCGCAAGAACCGAGAGGUCAUCAACAUUGAGAUGAGAGAGCUGUCGAUGAAGACGGUGGGCUGGACACGAGAGAGCACACGCUUCAUCAUGGAGGGGGCGCUCCAGCUGGCGCAGCCCGCCGAUGGCCAGUGGCUUAAGAAGGGAAGCAAAUCCCUCAAAUUCCAGAACGUUCAGGGUUUACUCAUGGUACGCACCCUGCGCAACGCAGAGGUGGUGACCGAUGGGAGUCUGGAGACCUCAGAGACGGUGCAGGACGGUGUACUGGUGCUCAUCAAGGACAAGAGCAGCGGGAAGUUCACUGUGUUACGGGAGCCCAUCUGUCUGGCGAACUCCGUGGUGUCCAACGACCCCGACUGUGAAGACACCUUUGAGGUGCUGGACAUCCGGCGCGAGGCCUUCGUUUUCCGUGCCUCCGACAAACCUCGCACUCAGCAGUGGUUUCGACAGAUCAAGAGAUACGCUUGUGAUCUGGGAUCCUGGAGAAAACGACGCAAUGCUCUCCCUAAUAUUAUGAUUAACACGACCCAGAGCCGGUCCUGAGACAUCCCUCAUUCCCAGCAGAACUCUGAAGUAAACGAUAAUUUUAAAAAAUCAAUAUUUUGUUGAGAAAACAGUAUUUGCGUGGGGGAAUCGGAUCUGAUUAGAUGUUUCUUCACCAAUGGACUUUUAAAUUGCAAGGUUUUACUGUGAUUUAAAAGACAGAAUAUUAAUAUAGACUGCAAGGGGCACUUUGUAUGAGUGGAAAGCAAAUAAAUGACAUUUGGGACGAGGAAAAAUCCACCGUCAAGCAAAAAGUAAUGCCCUUUGGCAUACCAAAAUGAGGGCCUUAUUAGGUGCCUCAAUGCUGCACUUGUAAAACACUGAUUGUACAACUAGUUUGCGACUGAGAAGAAACGUUUUCAGUUGUGAAAUGGUUUUUGUGAUAAGCAUGAGGGAACAUGUUUUGAUUGGAUGGACCUUAUGCGGACUUUUUAGUAUGCACUACAGAGUGGAAACCUGUGUUGUGUGAAAACUGGGGUAAAGCUGUUUUGUUUUCGGACCAUUGUAAUUCCCUCUUUCUCUCUUCCAUUAACAACUAUUUCCACUGCCGCCCAGGAGCAGUUCUCAUUUUUGUAUCACUGUGCUGGUUUACAAAACGGCAAUAAUAUUCAUUGUAUUAUGUAGCGGCAGUAAAGCUGGUAUCCUUGUGAUCGAUGAUGUGACGAACCAUUUUUGGUAUGUUUUCUCCAUAAAUGAGGGUGCAGUAUCAAUCCAAACAUCAAGUAUUGCCACAUUAAUGGUUGUGCUGAAGCCAUCUGUGGCCAGAUCCUGAAUUAGAAAAUCUCAGUUUGAUAUUUUCCCCCCAAACUUGUAGUUAAUCCUUAAUCCUUAGUCUUUGAGGGGGAUAAAAUACGUGCCUUUGUUUAUUUUAUAAUAAAUGAGUCUACUAUUCGUUCAAGUUUUCCCUCAACGUUUCCCUAAAAAUUGGGCCUUGUCAAAUUUUUGAGAAAAAUAUUAUUUUUCAGUAGCUGGCAGCUGCUGUAAUAUUCCAACUUCCCCAUUGAUAUACAAACCGCGCUUUAUGACAACCUGCUAAAUGUUACCUGUUUUUGUUUGAUGCACUUUAAUAUGGUCCUAAAACUGGAGUGAGGACAUUGUUCUGCAGUUUACAAAGCUUUACCGUAAAACUUUGUUUUAAAGAUUGUUUGAGCUUUAAAAGAAAAUGAACCACAGUUGACUUGAGCAAUAGCAAUCUCUCUGUGUUUAAAGUCAAUUCUAAUGGAUAGAUAUGUCGCCAUAACUGGAUCUUGGCAUUUAGGUUUCGACAUGAAUAUUUACUGUUUUUCCAACGGCAUUGAUACUGUUAGAAAUACCAUAGCUUCCACAUUACACAUUUAAAAGAGGCUGCCAGAGAUGUUACUUUUAACUGAGACCAAUCAAGCUGUUAAAUUCUUUUUCCAUUCUUAAAAAUCCUAAUUUAAUAUUUUUAUUUUUUGUUGUGUAAAAUAUUGUGAAUUACAAUUAAAAAUUACAAGUAUC